AUUAACCUUCUCAAAUUUUCACAUGAAUCUCUUGCUCUCUCUACUCACUUGAAGAACAAAGGAGAGAGAAAACUUAAACUCCACAAGAACAAGUAGGAAAAAACAAUGGCAUCUCCUUACUCAGACUUCAAAGGCAAACCUCGUCUCCCCAAAUUCGCAACGCCUAAACGCUACGAUAUCCGCCUAAAACCCGACCUUGAUUCCUGCAUAUUCAAUGGCAUCGUUUCAAUCGACGUCGACGUCGUUUCAUCGACUAAAUACCUUGUACUCAAUGCUGCCGAUCUCAAUGUUGAUUCUUCAUCUGUUUCCUUCAAACCCAAGUCAUCUUCUCAGGAACUUCGAGCUUCUGGAGUGGGAUUGAUUGAAGAAGAUGAGUUAUUAAUUGUUGAAUUUGCGGAGGAGCUUUCGCUUGGAAUUGGGGUUUUGAAUAUUUCCUUUCAAGGAACCCUAAAUGAUCAAAUGAAGGGAUUUUAUAGAAGUGUGUAUGAGAUCAAUGGGGAGAAGAAGAACAUGGCAGUCACUCAAUUUGAGCCAGCUGACGCCCGGCGAUGUUUUCCAUGCUGGGAUGAACCAGCAGCCAAGGCUACAUUCAAGAUUACCCUGGAUGUUCCAUCUAAUCUUAUAGCACUCUCCAACAUGCCUGUCAUUGAAGAAAAGAAAGAAGGAGAUCUUAAGACUGUUUACUUUGAGGAGUCACCAAUCAUGUCGACAUACUUGGUUGCUGUAGUUGUGGGUUUGUUUGAUUUUGUGGAAAGUAGCACAUCUGAUGGUAUUAAAGUUAGAUGUUAUUGUCAAGUUGGCAAGUCAGACCAAGGGAAGUUUGCUUUAGAGGUUGCUGUUAAGACCCUUGAAUUAUAUAAAAAGUAUUUUGAUGUGCCUUACGCCUUGCCCAAAUUGGAUAUGAUUGCGAUUCCUGAUUUUGCUGCUGGUGCCAUGGAGAACUAUGGUUUGGUUACAUAUCGUGAGAAUGCAUUGCUGUAUGAUGAGAAGCACUCCGCUGCUGCUAACAAGCAAAGGGUUGCUAUCGUGGUUGCUCAUGAAUUAGCACAUCAGUGGUUUGGAAAUCUCGUGACUAUGGAAUGGUGGACUCAUUUGUGGUUGAAUGAGGGAUUUGCAACAUGGGUAUCCUACUUAGCCGCUGAUGCUAUUUUUCCAGAAUGGAAUAUUUGGACUCAAUUUCUUGACCAGACUACUGAUGGGCUUAGGCUGGAUGGUCUUUCUGAAUCACAUGCUAUUGAGGUGGAGAUAAAUCAUGCUAGUGAAAUUGAUGAAAUAUUUGAUGCCAUCAGUUACAGGAAAGGCGCAUCUGUCAUCAGGAUGCUUCAAAGUUAUAUUGGGGCAGAUACUUUUCAGAGAGCUCUGGCAUGCUACAUAAAGAAAUAUGCUUGCUCAAAUGCAAAGACUGAAGACCUAUGGGCUGUUCUUGAGGAGGUAUCUGGUGAACCAGUAAAGGAACUAAUGAAUUCAUGGACACAGCAGAAAGGAUAUCCGGUUGUUUCCGUGAGGGUCAAAGACGAGAAGCUCGAUUUAGAACAGUCACACUUUUUGUUGAGCGGUUCCCCUAGUGAUAGCCAAUGGAUUGUCCCAAUCACUUUAUGUUGCGGAUCCUACGAUAACCGUUACAGUUAUCUCCUGAAAGAGAAGUCUGGAAGUCUUGGUAUCAAAGAUGCUGCUUAUGUUAAGCUUAAUGUGGACCAGACUGGGUUUUAUAGAGUGAAAUAUGAUGAAGAACUUGGAGCUAAACUUCGACAUGCUAUAGAGAGUGGCCAAUUGUCUGCAACUGAUAGAUUUGGUGUUCUGGAUGAUUUGUUUGCCCUGUGUACCAGUGGUCAGCAAUCUCUGAUAAAUUUGUUGACUUUGAUUGCAUCAUUCAGAGAGGAAACCGAAUAUACUGUUCUAUCCAAUUUGAUAAAUAUUAGCUACAAAGUUAUGAGAAUAGUUGCUGACGCCACACCUGAAUUAGUUGAUAAUCUCAGAAAGUUCUUCAUCAACCUCUUUGAGUAUCCUGCACUGAAACUUGGCUGGGAUUCUAAGUCCGGUGAGAGCCACUUGGAUGCCAUGUUGAGAGGGGAACUGCUGACUGUGCUUGCUGAGCUUGGGCACGAGAAUACCCUAAAUGAAGCUAUUAGGCGUUUUGACGCAUUCUGUGCUGACAGGGAUUCACCGCUUCUACCACCUGAUACCAGAAAGGCUACAUAUACUGCUGUGAUGCAGAAAGUCAAUGCAUCAAAUAAAUCAGGUUAUGAAGCUCUUUUGAAAGUAUACAGAGAGACUGAUCUGAGCCAAGAGAAGGGACGUAUAAUAGGUUCACUGGCAUCCUGCCCAGACCCAAAUAUUGUUCUUGAAGUUCUCAACUUUUUGUUGUCUUCUGAGGUUCGAAGUCAAGAUGCUAUUUUUGGACUCUCAGUCAGCAAGGAAGGGCGUGAAACUGCUUGGAAAUGGCUUCAGGAUAACUGGGAUUACAUUUCAAAAACAUGGGGCUCCGGUUAUCUAAUCACCCGCUUUAUCAGUGCAAUUGUGUCACCUUUCUCCACCACUGAAAAGGCAAAGGAAGUCGAAGAAUUCUUCUCAAGUCGAAUGAAGCCUACAAUUGCAAGAACCUUGAGACAGAGUCUCGAGAGAGUUCAAAUCAAUGCAAGGUGGGUUCAGGCUGUUCAGAAGGACAAUUAUUUUGCACAACUUGUGCAGGAAUUGUCACAUAGAAACUGAUAAAAGGUUCGAGCUUGUUUGACCAUGCCAUGAUCACUGAGGUUUAUUACUGGUCCGAGUUUGUUUAAACUUUUCUUUAUUUGACAAUUUUCGAGCUUGUUUAGUUUAGUACUGAUUACAAUGAAUAGUUAUUUAAAGAUAGUAGCAUUUUAUUUUUAUUAAAUUUUAAAAGCUUGAGAUGCAUGAA